AUGACAACAGAAACGAUACCCAUCGAUAAUGGACAACAAGUCGGCGUUCUGGUGACUUCUUCAAUCUCCAUCCUAAUAGUCAUAGUCGCUGUGGGUCUGCGGAUCGUCGCCAAAAAGAUCGGAAACAGGAUUGAUUAUAGUGACUAUUGUAUUCUCGCCGCCGCACUAUGGAAUACUGCAAUGCACGCGUGCUGCAUCUCACUAGUCAUAUAUGGCGGUUUUGGGUUCCACACAACAGAGAUCUACCAACGUUUUGGACCUGAGACGGCAACGUUCUUCUUCAAGGGGAUAAUGUCCUUUUCGAUACUGUGGAAUGCCACUGUGUGUUUCAGCAAACUAUCGAUUUUAUCAAUGUAUGCUGCACUUAUACCAAUGUCAUCUAUGUUGCAGUGGGCCCGUAUUCUCGGCGCUCUGGUUGUAGCGUGGAACAUCGCCAACAUACUCGCUGCUUUCCUGAUAUGCCGACCGCUCUCAAAAAACUGGAACUUCGCAUUGCCGGGGACUUGCGGAAGUCAACCGUCUUUUUACUUCUCAAUGGGGAUCGUCAAUCUCAUCACAGAUGCUGUGAUCAUCGCAUUGCCCAUGCCAUAUCUGUACAAAUUACGAAUAGCCUGGCGCAGGAAGCUAGCCGUGAUGGCUUUGCUCAGCAUUGGAGUUGG